GCCAAGAUGCUUUACUCCAAUCACACAACCUCUCAAUUCCAUUUCCCCCAUCAUCCCAAUUUCUCAUUUGUCUCUCUUAUCCCUUUCCAGAUAUAUAAACCAACUAACCUAAAACUCAACCAAAUCAAAAUUUCCAAUCCAAUUUCUCUUCAAUUUUCACUAUUCACAAUCUUUUGUUUGUCACAGGACUUUCUUCUUCUUCUUCUUCUUCUUUGUGCAAUAGGUACAUUCCCCUCCCAUUCAGUCAAGACUUAAUGCUCUCUCAAUUGAUCCACCACCGUCUCACUGUCCCUACGCAAGAACCCUAAUUUCAGCGCUUUCUUUCACUUGAUUCGUUGGAGAAACUCGUCGUUUCUAGCUUCAAUACUUAGUGAUCAGCUCACUGACGAAGAGUUGGGUGACUUGAAAUCUUGGACGGUCAAGAAUGGAUUGCCUCCCUGUAAAGUUGGUCUCAAAGAAAAGCCUUCUCAUGAGACAAACAUACGCCUAUACAUUAUGUUGCCGCCAACGAAGAUCUUCAAUUCUAAUCGUGUUGAAUUUUCGUUUUUCUUUUAUAGGUUUAGGUAAUCUGAGUUUACUGCUUAAUAAAAAAAUCUAGUCAAUGUGGAAACUUUGCACUGGUGGAGCCUACGGCUGCGUCUACCCAUAUAAAUUCAAAAACCUCUAAAGAUGAUCAACAAUGACAGAAUUAGAAACAUGAUAGACAAGAAUGCUCUGCAAAAUUCAAUUGAAUGGGUAAAAGGCUCAUCAAAGGGCGUGAUGGGUACGCCACUCGAUCAUCUAACUAUUGAAGCCAUUCAAAUCGUUGAGGCUCAUGAGGGCUUUCUUCGUUGUAAUUUCAUUGUUCCAUUCCACCUACUGGAUAAUGAUGGAAAUUGGCAUACUGGAGCAAUAGCAGCGUUGAUCGACUGUCUGGGUGGUAUUACCAUCUACUCCUUCACUGGGAACCUCAAGGCCUCCCUUGAUUUAAGCAUUUCGUUUUAUUCCACCGUGAAGCAACAGGAAGAAGUGGAGGUAUUGGCCAAGGUUGUGGGGAAGAAAGGAAAGCUGGCAUCUGCAGAGGUGAAAAUAAGAAGGAAAGAUAAUAGACAACUUGUUGCAUCGGGUAGACUAUGGAUAUCUUCAUCCAUUCAAGAAAGUAAGCUUUGACAUGGAAACACCUAUUUUCCUACUAACUUAAUUAUACUUGUUGGAUCUGUUUUCCUUGUUUUUGGUCAAGGAAAAAUGAAAUUUUGCGAGAGCUUGGUAGCUUAAUUAUAUUGAUGUAAUAAAUUUAUCAUGUACUAAUAUUUACUUGAUUGUUUUACCUUUAAUUAUUGAUUAUAGAGAACUCAAAGCAGGUAACUUGACCCUGUUAUUCAGAA